GCAAUACUUCAACUCAUUAAUGAUAGCUUCCUCACUUUCUUAAACCCAACAAAGGCUCGUCUUCCCAUCCCACACCCUACCCAUUUGAACGAUUACCCUCUGUGCUACACACCUUCUAUUUUAUCUUCCCCUGAAAAAAUCCUUGGCUUUUUCCCUCAUCAACAUUGUUUGUUUCUAGCUAUAUUUGCAGCUUGAUCUUAAAUUACACACGCCGUGCCACCUGUAGAGAAACACAAUAGCAAAAUAGACCAAAUGGCCUAAGAUCAAGCCUCCAUUCAAUUUACCCAGAAAAAAAUUUCCCUUUUACCCUCAACAAAGGACCCAAGAAACAUAGCCAACACAAAAUGGCUAUGCUUCUUAUUCCAUUGUUAGUUUUUUCUCUGGCAUUCAGCACAUCGAACGCAGGUUUCUCAUCCCAACCAGGAAUCUGCUACGGCCAACUCGGCGACAACCUUCCACCGCCAAAAGAAUCAGUGGAACUCAUAAAGUCCCUCAAAGCAAAGCGCGUGAAGAUCUACGACGCAAACCCAGAGAUCCUGCACGCACUGAGGAACUCUUCACUCCAAGUCUCAAUCAUGGUUCCGAACGAACUCAUCGCCAACAUCUCCUCGAACCAAACACUCUCGGACCAAUGGAUCCUCACCAACGUAGUACCGUUCUACCCUCACACCCUCAUCCGUUACCUCCUAGUAGGCAACGAAAUAAUCUCCUCCACUACCAACCAAACCUGGCCCCACCUCGUACCCGCCAUGCGCCGCAUCAAACACUCCCUCAAAGCCUUCGGAAUCCGCAAGGUUAAAGUCGGCACCUCCUCCGCAAUGGACGUUUUAGAAACCUCUUUCCCUCCCUCCAACGCUGCGUUUCGUAAAGACAUAGCGGUUCGGGUCAUGAAACCCAUGUUAAAGUUUUUAAACCGAACGAAGUCUUCUUUUUUCUUAGACGUUUACCCCUUCUUCGCUUGGUCUUCUGAUCCGGUUAAUAUCAACUUGGAUUACGCAUUAUUUGAGUCCAGGAACAUUACCGUUACGGAUCCGGGUACGGGUUUGGUUUAUACGAACCUUUUUGACCAGAUGGUGGAUGCGGUUUAUUUUGCCAUCAAGAGGCUCGGGUUUUCGGGUAUUCGGAUCUUCAUUGCAGAAACGGGUUGGCCCAAUGGAGGUGAUAUUGACCAAAUUGGAGCCAAUAUUUACAACGCUGCCACUUAUAAUCGUAAUUUUGUCAAGAAGGUUAUGAGAAAACCCGCGGUGGGGACUCCGGCUCGACCGGGUGCAGUUCUACCGUCGUUUUUGUUCGCUUUGUUUAAUGAGAACCAGAAACCGGGUCCGGGUACGGAGCGGCAUUUCGGGUUGUUGUACCCGAACGGAUCGAGGGUUUAUGAUAUUGAUUUGUCUGGGAAGACGCCGGAGUCGGAGUUUCGACCGUUGCCGCCGCCGGAGAAUGACACGCCGUUCAAGGGGAAGAUAUGGUGCGUGGCCGCGCGUCGGGAUAACGCGACGGCGUUAGCUGCGGCGUUGUCGUAUGCUUGUUCGCAGGGGAAUGGCACGUGUGAUCCGAUUCAACCCGGGAAAGCAUGUUUUAAACCCGAUUCGCUUUUCUGGCAUGCGAGCUAUGCAUUUAGUUCUUACUGGGCGCAGUUUAGGAAGACGGGGGGAACUUGUUACUUCAAUGGGCUUGCAACUCAAACUGCAAAGGAUCCAAGUUAUGGAUCUUGCAAGUUCCCAAGUGUGACACUUUGAAGGAGGAAUCAAAUCAAGCUAAUGAAGUUGUGGUUACUCAAUCGUAUAAUGAUUCUUUCAUUUGACUAUUUGGACAUUAGGAAUUUUGAAUUUUGUGGGGUUUCCUUUUUUUACUGUAGUCUAAUGUUGCUUUCAUUUCAUGAAUGUAUGUUCCUCCUAUAGCCUAGCACCCGAACCCACUAAGGAGGAACUUACAUUGAUGAAUGAUUUAGAAUUUAAUGCUCCCACGACUGCAUCGCCAUUAUUUGACAUCAUGCUACUAUAAUAAGUGAUCAAGUGCAAUCAUUUUAUUCACUAUUUACCCAACAUGCUUUUAUUUUUCCAUUGCCAAGUACGAUAACCAUUUUAUGUAAUAGUUCUUGCACGAUCAAAUUUUAUGCAAACUAUGUAAUGUCACUAUUCUUUUU